AUAUUUCUAACUGUUUAUAUCGAUUUUGUUAUUCUUUGGAGACAACAUGAAAAUCACCCUACUUCUCCUAUCGAUUUUACUCAUACACACAGUCACAUGUCAACGACGGGGCCCCUGGCGAGGAAUGCGGCCCCCACCACGACGGCUACCUCCCUGUAUAGAAGAACGGCUCCGGAGUAUUGCUCCAAAUCUACCAAACUACAGAACCCCAGAAAUACCAGCUAUCAGACCACCAGAAGUACCGGUAGCUCCAUGCAAGAUUGAAGCGCCAUCUACUUUGGAAGCUGUUGCGCAGUUGGUGCAGAAUAUACCGAAGCCAGAUAUUCCAACAGCAGAUUUGUACCAAAAUGUUCUGCUGUCUCCGAAUAUUUUUGGUAUGAUGCCGAACCAGAUGCCAAAUCAAAUUGUGCCAAACCAGAUUGCGCCAAACCAAAUUGUGCCAAACCAAAUGUUGCCAACCCAAAUUGCGCCAAACCAGAUUGUGCCAACCCAUAUCGUGCCAAACCAAAUUAUACCAAACCGACUUUUACCGCCCGAAAUACCUAGAAACUACCAAAUUCCAAUGCAGAAUUUGCAAUACUUAAAUCUGUUGAUACCUAAGCCAGAAAUAAGAGAAAUUCCAGUUGAGAUACCGAGAGCGGAGAAGAUCAUUGUGCAGCCAAGCCCGACUGUGGAGGCAGAACAGCCCUGUCCUUGUAAAUCUCCUCCAUCUAUGAACCCAUUCUUGCCUGCGGCGUCUCCAGUAUCGCCGUGGAUGGCUUCCAAUUUUCCGGCAGUCUCCAGCCAGUCUCGGAGUCACUUCCUACGUAAAAUACCUAUACCUCCCCCCACUGUAUAGAAUAUAUGUUUCCAGUUAUUUAUUGUUAGUGUUAAGUUAUUUAUUUGAAAUAAAUUAUUGAGAAAUAUAAA